AUGGCGUGGCUCAACAAAGGCUGUGAGGUCUCUGAUAGCUGCAUGGAGGGGUACCUGAAGAUAACCCUGAACGGGUACCGGAGCUUCGCGGAAGAUCGUGGAUAUUGCCUGGAAUUGUGCACCGGGAGUACGCCACUGAUGAAGAGGAGGACGGGGCUGGCCGCAGACGGUGGUGGGGAUGAGGAGGGCGAAGGAGAAGAGCAUCGAGGUGUUCGAUUUGCCCAGAAACGGAGGACAUCAUUUUCCCCCUCAGAGUUGGACGCUACCAAACUCUACCAGACGUUCAGAGAGCUGCAGAUCAAGCACACUGUCACCGAGGCAGAGAUACAGAAGCUCAAAAACAAGCUAGCUGUGGUGGAGAGGGAGAAGGCACGCUGGGAGAAGGAGAAGAGCCAGCUGAAGGCCAGCAUGGAGGAGAACAAGGAGAGGAUGUUGAAGCUGGAGAGUUAUUGGAUCGAAGCCCAGACCCUGUGCCACACGGUCAACGAGCACCUGAAGGAAGCCCAGUGUCAGUACACCACCCUAGAGAAGAAGUACAACAAGGCCAAGAAACUAAUCAAAGACUUCCAGCAGAAGGAGGUGGAGUUUGUCCAGAAGGAGGAUGCAGAGAGAAAGAGGCUGGAGGAUACAGAGAAGGCCCACCUGGAGGAGAUCCAGGGACUGCAAGUCAGGAUUGCAGCCCUGGAGUCUGAGCUGAUGCAACUGAUGAAACAAAAUGGCAUCCAGGUGAACAACAACAACAACAGUGCCCAACAGCAGAGUCCUGGGAUGGCUGGCCCUGCCAGAG